AUGGCGCAAUCUUGGAACCCCCUCAAUUACCAGAACGAGGUGCCAUCCCCGCAGUGCCUGAUGCGGGUCAAGAGGGACAUCGCGGACUUCAACGCUCAGCCUCCUGCGGGACUAUUCAUCGCACCCGAGGGCGACGACGUCACCAGGAUUCACGCCCUGAUAGUCGGUCCCAGUGGAACGCCAUACGAGGGAGGCUUCUUCCAGUUCUAUAUGAAGUGCCCACCUGACUAUCCGAUCAGCCCACCGCGCGUUCGAAUCAUGACCACGGAUGCUGGCCGAGUGCGCUUCAACCCGAACCUGUACGCGUGCGGCAAGGUCUGUCUCAGCAUCCUUGGUACCUGGACCGGACCACCGUGGAGCCCGGCUCAAAGCAUCGAGAGUGUGUUGAUAUCUGUGCAGUCUCUGAUGACCGAGAAGCCUUACUACAACGAGCCCGGCUUUGUCAUUGAACGGGUACCGGGUGAAGCCGACCGCUACAGUGACUACAUCCGGCACGAGACCAUCAGGGUCGCGGUGUGCGACCAGGUUGAAGCUGCUCUCAAGGAGAGCCCCGACUGUCCGGCAGCCUUCAGGGAACAGAUCCUCAAGUCCUUCUCUGAGUCCUACAGCAGGUACGAGGAAAUCGUCAAGGGAAAGCUACAUCUGACAGGCGUGCAAAUGAAAGACGUUUUCUCUCUCGAUGCGACGGGUCAGUUCCAGUACGAGGGGCUGCUGACCAGGAUGCAAGGUUUAAAAGAGCAGAUCAAGCAGAAAAUCGAAGCUGCCGCAGCUGCGGAAGCUGCGGAAGCUGCUGCUGCUGCGGAAGGUGCGGGACCUACUGCUGCUGUCGUUACUGCUGCUACUAACACUAAUAUUAUUCAGUAGGAAGAGAAAACUAGUGAGUGAAUUGCAAGAAGACCGGAAUCCUGUUGAGUAAGCCUCGGAAAGAAGUGAACUGAAACACUGGAUCUGAAAUUCUUCACGUUCGACACGACGAGCUACUCGUAUCUUCCGAAGAAAAUGGCACCCAAAAUUAUUUACGUCAGAGAGGAGAUAUAUAUCAAAUGAAAUG